AUGUUUAUCUUCAAAUUCCUUCUCAUAGCACUUUUGGCUUGUGUUCUCGACGGAAAGAACAAAAAAGCAGAUUUGGGCAAGGAUCUCAGCAAACGUGCUUUUGGAGGUUUAAAAACAAUCGGAGAAUGUCCUGUGGAUUUGAACUCGGAUGUAGGAAGAUGUUUCCAAAGCUGUAUUAACAAUCAGUCGAGAAUCCCAAACGAAAAAAAGAAAGAGAAACAGGAUUCAGUAAAAACUGUCUCCGUUAGCCAGGAGCAAACAGAAGGCGCAAAAGGAAGAAAAAAACAAGAUUUAGAAACUGGCUCCAAUGGCGAUGAGGCAACAGAAGAGAAAGAAGAAAAAUGA